AUGAAUAGAAAACUCGUUAAGCAAUUUGCAAAAUUAAAUGGAAAUUAUCAUCAUCAACAUUCAUUGAUGAUGAAGAAUUCGAGACAGUCCUUCUGUUUGUGUGUUCUUUGCAUGAAAGAAAACCCGAAACUCUCCUCAAAAGAUCAACCUAUUAAGCAAACUCUCAAAGAUCCUCUCCAAAUGGCCAUGCAACAACAAAGGGAAGUAUUAGAAGAGAAAUCGGACGAAAUUGCUCAAUCAGUCAUGAAAAACUUUCAACCCAUAACUACCAAUGAAAGCGAGAAUCAAAGAGGACCAUCCAACAAUGAAUACAGUCCUGAGAGUAAAUAUAAAUUGGAUGAUGAUGGAAUUGAUAGAAAUUUGGAUGGAAUGGGAAGAAUUCUCAAUUCUCAACAAGGAAAAGUUGCAGAAAAGACAAUACCACUCAAAGUUGACAAAAGCCGUGAAGAUUUUCCUCCAACUCAAAAUCCUCCAACUCCAGAACCUUAG